AUGUCAAACUUAUACAAGGAAGCUGAAAGGUUUUUGACUCCAAAUCAAAAGGAAGGUUCCCUUCAAACAAGGGUCUUCAAUGCUGCUAGAAACAAACAGAUCAAAACAGAUCCAAAGCAUGUUUAUGCUCUUGUAUCUUCCACUUUGAAAUAUAAACCAUUUAUCCUUGAUAUCAUCAAGAAAGCCAAGUUAUUGAAAGAGGAAAAACAAAUUAGAGAAACUCAAGCAUUACUCUUGGUCCAUGAUUUACUGUUUUCAAGAUCAGGUAGAAUUCAAAUGGGUAAAACACCUUUAAAAGACUCUGUAUUGAAACAUAAAACUAGAUUAUCAGCUGAAUUAACCAAAUUGAAAUUGAAACACAAAGUACGAAGCUUUGAUGAGUUAAUCGAGGAGGAUGAUACACCAGUAAGAUGGUUCAGAGCUAAUACCAUUAAAACUACAAAAGAGAAAGUAUUAUCAGAAUUAGAACAUCUUGAAGAAGUUGAUAGUAUUAAGAAAAUCCAACCGGGUACUAUUUAUCAUGAUGAAUUUAUACCCAACUUAUUUGGUAUUCAUCCAAAAGAAAAAAUUACAACAACUAAACUUUAUGAAAAAGGUCACAUUAUCAUUCAAGAUAGAGCUUCAUGUUUCCCUGCACAUAUUUUAAAUCCAGGUCCUGAUGAUUACGUUAUUGAUUCAUGUGCAGCACCUGGUAAUAAAACUACACAUUUAGCAAGUUAUAUUCAACGUGAUGGUUCAAUAAAUGCAUUUGAAAGGGAUGUUCGUCGUUCUAAAAUUUUAGAUAAGAUGGUUACAACAGCUGGUGCUUCUAAGAUUGUUAAAAUUAAUACUGGUGAUUUCACACAAAGUAAACCAUCUGAUUUUGAAGAUGUUACUGGACUUGUUGUUGAUCCAUCAUGCUCUGGUAGUGGUAUCUUCGGUAGAGCUCAUGAAGAGGAAAAUCCAGAAGGUUCAUAUAGUGAUGAAAGAUUACAAAAAUUAUCAUCAUUCCAAUUUUCCAUUGUUAAACAUGCUUUAAGUUUCCCAAAUGCUAAAAAAGUUGUUUAUUCAACUUGUUCAAUCCAUGCACAAGAAAAUGAAAGAGUUGUUAUUGAUUUAUUAAAUGAUUCACAAGUUAAAAACGCUGGUUGGAAAGUUGCAAAUCGUUCAAGAGUUAUCCCAAUGUGGCCAAGAAGAGGUUUAGUGGAAGAAUUUCAAAGUUUCCCAAAUCCUGAACAAUUAGCUGGUGGUUGUAUUAGAUCUAUUCCAAAGGUUGAUGGUGGUAUUGGAUUCUUUGCUGUUUUAUUUGAACGUGAUGUUGGUUCAGAACUUGAAAAGGCAAAAGAUGUGAAAGUUGAAGAUAUAGAAGUUGAAGAUGCGGAAGAAGAAGGAGAACAAGACCAAGAAGAUCAAGAAUCUGAAUACGAAGAAUGGAAUGGGUUUGACUAG